AAAAAUGCUAAAACCAAAACCCCAAUUGAUAUUUGAUACCUAGCAGAGCGACUGCAGAAGGGAGAACUCGGCCUUCGUUUCGGUGGAUCUCUGCCUUUUGACUUAAUGUUAUGGCAGGAAAUAACUUCUCUGAGAAGAAUUCAAGGGAAUCAAUGACUGAUAUACCAAUCUUCAGUGCUGAGAAUACGCAGAGUAACCUGAAAGUUAUAUAUUCCAGCUUUGUUCCAUCUAUUUUGAAGACAGACAGCCUGCCCGACCAACAAUCCUUUGUAGAGUAUGGGAUAAAGACUUUAGGACUGAGCCAAUGGAUUGAAUUCUCUCAAAAUUUGCUCUAAAAAAUUACCUGGUCCUCCUAGUGCCUUCAUGCUGGCUGUUUGCUGUUGUAUAUGAUUCUCUCAUACCUUGAGGACUGGUUUCAUCUGAUUCAAAUUGGACCUUGCUUAUAUCAGCCGAACAUUCACGUCCAUCAUUGGUGGGGUCAUUUCUGGAAUUUUGGGAUUCACGGGCUUAUAUGGAUUUUUUUUUAUUUCCUCAUCAUGGAAAUCACUUCAGCUGGACUCGUAGCCAAGGCAAAGUUCUCCGUUUAUUCAUACUUUGAUAGCUGGAACCGGAUUAUGCUGGAUGGGAUUAUGGGUGGCCUUAUGAAAAUAGCAUCUACAUGCAAGUUGAAAGCCACCUUGUUGGAGGUUGUUGCCAGUUAAAUCUUUCACCAAGAAGCCUAACAAGCUAAAAUACUACCGUAGAUGACACCUUUGUCUUCUACACUAGUAUACAUGGCAUGCCAGUUUUGCCAUAUAACUCAAAAGGAGUAGAUAGUCAAAUACUACUAUGUAUAUUAUUUUGGAGAUUCGCUUGUGAUUGUUCAAGUUUUUCGCCUGGAAGUUAGUCGACAUGUUGCAGUAAAUGAUGCAGCGCAGCAUGUGUUGUCUUGGUUUAAGUAGUGUGUAAGCAAGAAGACGUUGUUUGAACUUUGAAUAAAGUUGUGCCCUUUGGAAGGUUGGUUGUUGAGGCUCGGUACCUUACCCUAUGAGUGGCUGAACUUGUCAUUAACUCAUAUUUAAAAGUCAGUCAAGAUAGCAGAUUUGGCAAUUAAGUCGUGUUUAGUGGGUCCAUUUCCAGAUAUAUAGGUUUCAAGAAGCUUCUGGCAAGGGUAUACAAAAUCACAAUCUUCUUGUUGAGCUAUUUGCUUUGGAGAGUGGCCUUCUCGAAUGGGAUUCAUUUCCUUGAGUUCAUUUCAAUUUUCUUGUUAAUUUCAUUUCUCUUGAAUGGAAAAUCUGUAAAAAGUCAGAAAUAGUUAGAAUCUUGAAUUCCCUGUUGUUUCUUGAGAGCUCUUUUUAAUUAGUUGUUGGUUGGAGAGUGGGACGCAGAACAUUCUUCUUGCUUCCAUUCUGCAAACCCAAUUUGCUUGCCUUUGGUUUGAAACUUGCUGACAUUAUUCUAUCUCCAAUAGUUAUUGAUAACAUCUUUAAGCCCUU